AUGAGUAACAACCCGUCCUCUGCCUACUGGAUCGAUACUGAAGACUGGCAUACUGCCGGUGAACCAUUCCGCAUCGUCGAGCAUCUGCCCGCAGACCACCUGCCGUCUGGAGUCACGGUAGCUGAGCGUAGGGCUGCUGUAGUAGGCACACCAUCGCAUCCCUUGAAUGUUCUGCGCCAGACACUUUGCCACGAGCCUCGCGGACAUGGUGAUAUGUACGGCGGGUUCAUAACACCUCCAGAUGAUGCUGACGCUCAAUUCGGUGUGCUAUUCUGGCACAAGGAUGGCUUUUCUACAGCAUGCGGUCACGGUACUAUUGCGCUUGGGUAUUGGGCUGUCAGCAAGGGCAUUGUCGAGAUGCCGAGGGGGAAGGGGGAGGUUGAUGUAAUCAUUGACGUACCUUCAGGUCGCGUCAAAGCAAGUGUCGUAGUGGAGGAUGGAAAGCCUGUUCAUGCCGAUUUUGUGAAUGUCCAAAGCCACGUUUUGACUGGCAAGAUACCACUUGCUAUUCCAUUCUACGAAGACGGCCUAUUUGUGCAGUUCAGCUACGCCGGUGCUUGCUACGGCUUCGUGGAUGCGAAAGAGCUUGGUCUGUCGGUUACACCGAAUAAUGUCAAAGAGUUUGUGAGAUUGGGUCGAGACAUCAAGGCACUGGUGCGAAGUGGAGCAACAGGACUGAUCACUCCCUACGAAUUAUACGGCAUUGUAUUCUUCGAAAAUCAAGAUGAGGUGCCGAUUGGUACGGAGGAUUUGACAAUACGAGAACGUAAUACUACUGUGUUUGCGGAUGGCCAAGUCGACCGCUCACCUUGUGGAUCUGGAACCUCUGCGAGACUCGCGAUACAUUACACUGAUGAGAAAAUAAGCGUCCAACAUGGGAAGUUGUUGAAUAGUUCAAUCAUCGGGACACAGUUUGAGGGAGACAUCGUGUCUGGAGAACAAAGUUCUGUGGGUGGCUAUCCGACCUGUAUUCCGCGAGUGAGAGGAAAGGCAAACCUCGUCGGUAGAAUGUCCUUUUAUAUCGACCCAGCAGAUCCCGUCUAUCCAGGGUUUCUCUUGUAA